UGAUAGCGUAAUGUUCCGAAAAUGUAAUGUAUUACUUUUUCAUUUGGGUGAUGAUAGUUUUUAUUAAUUAGUUUUAUAAUUUAAUGAUCAAUAUGAAAUCGUAUUGAAUUUUAUUCGUGAUGUUGUUUAUUCUAAAUUGUUAUUGAUCGGUGAUAGUGAGGUUCGGUUACUUCGUCACUUUCAAACCAUUUGAUAAUUUUCAAAGUGACAGUUUAAUAGUGGUUAAUAUCCAGUAAUAUGUCUUACCCCGGACGGCCCCCCAUAAUGCAAGGGCUUCCUAUGCCAUAUAUGUCCAUGGGAGGACCAGCACCUCCUUUAAUACCAGCUGUUAUGCCAUUGCAACAUAUGGUUCCAAUCCAGGUAACCAGUGCUCCUCAGAUUAGAGCUUACCCUAAGCUGAAUCCUAAUAGAGAACAACAAAAGCAGAUACAGGGACCUGCUGUUACUGUAUUUGUUGGUAAUAUAACUGAAAGAGCUCCAGAUGCUAUGAUAAGACAAAUAUUAGCAGCCUGUGGUCAUGUCAUCAGUUGGAAAAAAGUGAAAGCAUUUGGAUUUUGCGAACUAGCUGGGCCAGAUGCAGGUCUAAGGGCAGUAAGGAUUCUUCAUGAUCUUAUGGUAGGAGAUAAACGACUUGUGGCAAAAGUUGAUGCCAAAACUAAAACAGUUUUAGAUGAGUAUAAAGCUGAAAGGCGGAGGAAACAAAAAGGUUCUACAUCUCCACUUCAGGAUGAACCUGAAGAAGAAGAACUUGAUGAAGAAACUCAAGCACUUGAUUCAGUUGCCUUAGAAAGAAUAAAACAAAUAAUAUUAGAGUACCAAGAUGAAAUGAAUAAUUUUGAACUAAAGAAAGAAGAGGAGGUUAUUGAAAAAUGGAAUAAAGUUCUUGAAGAAGCUGAAGUAGAAGAAGAGAAGAGGGAUUUAAUUACUAGAGAAAUUGGGAAAUUUCGAGAAAUCAUGAAAAAACAAGAGGAGGAGAAGGAAGUCCGUAAGAAAAAGGAAGAGCAAAAGGAAAAAGGACGGGAUAGAGACAAAUCACGCUCACUUUCACCGAGCCCAGUUAGGAAACGAGAAAAAGAGGAGAAACGCAGAAAGCAUUCAAGAUCGAGAUCCCACGAAAGGAGCAGGGAACGAGAAAGGGAUAGAGAACGUGAACGGGAAAGAGAACGCGAAAGAGAUAGAGAACGGGAGAGAGAACGAGAAAAAGAAAGAGAAAGGGAGAGGGAACGUGAAAGAGAAAGGGAACGAGAACGUGAUAGGGAGAGGGAUAGAGAACGUGAUGAUAAAAAAAGUUCAAGGGAUCUCUUGAAGGAAAAAGAGAUGGAAGAAGAGGCUAAAGACAAGAAAAAAGCCGAAAGGAGGGCACGCGAAAAAGAAGCUGCCUAUCAAGAAAGGCUAAGAGCGUGGGAGACGAGAGAAAGAAGAAAAGCCAAAGAGUAUGAAAAAGAGAGGGAAAAAGACAGGUUGAGAGAAGAAGAGAGAGAACAUGAUGCCAAAAGACUUAAAGAAUUUCUAGAAGAUUAUGACGACGAAAGAGAUGACGUCAAGUAUUAUAAAGGCCGUGAAUUGCAAAAACGUGUCGCCGAUAGGUUAAAGGAAGCUGAAAUGGAUAACAGGGACAGAUUAAAGGAAAAGGAAGAAAUAGAAGAACUGAAAAAUAGGAUAUUCGCAGGCGAACACGAAGACCCAAAUGCCGAAUUUGAAAGAGCAAAAAAAGAAAGGGAGGAACAGUAUAAACCAAAAUUAUUAAUAGAUGUCAAUUUGGAGCAUUCAAAACAGAAGGAAAGAGAAAGAGAAAGGGAAUUAGAGAGGCAACGUGCAAGGGAAAGAGAACGAAAUCGAGAAUUGAACAGGGAAAGAGAUAGGCAGAGGCAGCGUGAAGAAAGGGAAAAGUAUAUCGUGCAGCAAGCUGCCCAAGAGCUAGCCGCUGUCGAAGCAGAACCUAUAGACAGUGAUAGUGACAUGGAUGAUAAUCACUACAGCCCAGCACCUCCCGAACCAGAAAAUAAUUCUGUCGACAAUUCGGAUUCAGCUCAGUGGACCCAAGUACAGGCGCCUGAAGAAGACUCGAGGCAUUCGUUUACGUCAAAUCACGAUGACCAGUCUGUUCCCUCUACUGGUCCUACCAGUAUCGGAAUGAAGAUUACUUUAUCCAAACCUAUUACUUUACAGUCUCCUACCCGUGACUCUAAACGAAAGAAAGUAGAUCUCAGGGAAGUAUUUAAUCCUGACGAAGAUGAUAACAAUACUCAAGUCAAGAGAAGAAAAUUGGUGCCACUAGAUUACAGUGAAGAAAAGAAAAGCAAAAAAGAUAAAGAUACGAUUGAGAAGAAAGUGGACGAAUCUAAAUCACAGGAAGAAAAGAGAAAACACAUAAAGUCUUUAAUAGAAAAAAUUCCCACAGAGAAAAACGCUUUAUUCGCUUAUCAAUUGGACUGGGGCGCUAUUGAUAACGGAUUAAUGGAGAAAAAGAUACGUCCUUGGAUUAAUAAAAAGAUUAUAGAAUAUAUAGGAGAACCUGAACCUACAUUAGUUGAUUUUAUAUGCUCUAAAGUUUUAGCCGGUUCUCAACCACAAGUUAUCCUUGAGGAUGUUCAAAUGGUAUUAGAUGAAGAGGCAGAAGUUUUUGUAGUUAAAAUGUGGAGGUUAUUAAUAUAUGAAGUUGAGGCAAAAAAGUUAGGACUAGUGAAGUAGCGAAAAAUGAGUGUAAAUAUAUUUUAAAAAUAUUUUUUGUUAUGAUUACUGUAAGUUCAUAAACGAUAUUUAAAUCGGUAACAAACAUCAAAAUAAAUUAUUAUUAAUCAUU